AUGGAUUCCUCAGGUCGCCGACCAGUCACCCCGGACUGUAAUGCAAGCGAGAACGACGGCGCCCCCGAUAGCGACAAUGAUUCUCCAGGAUGGCCGUUGGGUGGUCCGACUUGCGAGGCUCUGGAUUACCUCGAGCAAGCUCUGACGACCGGCAUUCCCAAACCAACCUAUGAUGGGCCGAUCCGGCGCGUCGUCAAGCACGAUGGAAGAUACCCCGUCGACGUGGUCCUCACCUUGCCACUGGAGACCCCUUUGCAUACUGCGCAGUCCGCAUCGGCGCAGGAUCACCUCAUGUGGGAGUGGGUGGGUUUGAGCCCAGAGCCAGACCGCAAAACGUGUUCACCCAGCGAGCUCACGAAGAUACCGACAAAUGACACCCGAGAUGCUCAGGCUAGCGCCCCACAAGCACCCAGUGGUCUUGAAGAGACCACGAAUGCGCAAUCCCCCCCUCGAGGCACUUUCUCUCGCCCAAAGCUGCGUGGAAUUCUUCGAAAGGGAAGCCCAAGCCGAACCCAAGAAGGCUCCACAGAGCCUGCGGCUCAGGCCAAGGCUGCUACGGAUGGAGCUCGUCGAGUCAAAACCGGCGGCACUCGACGCACCGUCGAGUUUCAGAUGCCGCAGGGCGAAGCAGAGUCAGACCCUCCCGAGAAGACACGAUCCCGUCCUCGGCUUAUGGUCACGAUCAAAUCUCACGCCGCCGCGCGGAAGUGGCAAGAGCUUGAGCAGAAGAAGAGAUAA